AUGGUUUCUGAUUCUGAGAAAGACGCUUCCAAGCAGGACAAUGUCGAGCAGCAGCUUGGGCUGCUUCUCCAAAGGCUCACAGCGAUCGAACAAGGGCAGCAGGAAUCCCUUGCGCAUCAGCGGAGCAACCACGAAUUUCAGAAGGAUGUCACGCAGAGCAUAGCUGACCUAAAUCGAAACAUGGUGAUUACCACGACCCGCCUCACCACGCUGGAGAACGCAAAGGGAUUGCCACCAUCGCCUGCCGAUCUGGGCGCGUCCGCGUCCGCAUCGCUAGCUACUGGGAUGGCGCGUCUUGGAGGCCCAGGAUUACUUCCUAUGCAGAAGCCGCCAGAGCAAACCAGUCUGGACAGCCCCUCUAAUCUGAUUAAAUCACCUGUCGGGAGUGGAGUUCCCCGUUACUAUAAACUGGAUUUUCCGUUAUUUGAUGGCAAAAGUGAUCCCCUCUCUUGGAUAAAUCGGUGUGAACAAUUUUUUCGCGGUCAGCGCACAGCGGAUACGGAUAAGGUCUGGCUUGCGACGUACCAUCUCACCGGGGUGGCGCAAGAGUGGUAUUAUCAGCGUGAGCGCAACCAUGGGGUGCCGCAGUGGGAUGAAUUUCCGGAAUUGUGCCAUCUACGAUUCGGGCCACCCAUACGCAGCAAUCCGCUUGGAGAGAUCAAGCAACUUGUCCAGACGACUACCGUUGAGGCAUAUCAAGAGAAAUUUGCCACGCUCUUGUGCCGCACGGAUGCCCUCGCCGAGCCACACCAAGUACAACUAUUCGUCGCUGGACUAUCGGAGGAUGUUCGGUACGAUGUUGAAAUUUUGAAACCAACCAGCUUGGAAUUGGCCAUGAGUUUGGCACGUGCGUACGAGAAGAAACACAAUCGAGUUCGGAGCAACUCUCGCAUCCCUAGCCGCUUUAUUGUGCCAAGCCGUCAGCAGGGCGCACUUGCCCCACGUUCAAACACCAAUGUGACACAGCUGACAGGUCAAGAUGUGACGCCACCUCGUACUUUCCGCAAACUUACGCCUGCCGAGAUGGCAGAGCGCAGGCGCCAAGGUCUUUGUUUUAACUGCGAUGAAAAAUAUGUCCGCGGGCAUCAUUGCAGCCACCUGUUUUAUAUUGAAUAUGAUAAUGAAGCAGCCGACGAUGAGGACAGUUGGCAGAGAGCAGAGGAGAGCACAGAACCAGUAAUUUCAUUGUAUGCUGUCACAGGAAUCACUUCAGGGGAGACCAUGCGUUUAGCAGUGGAGAUCCAUGGAUGCCGUCUGAUAGCACUUGUUGAUUCUGGAUCAACCCACAAUUUCAUAAAUGAGGACGUGGUGCAACGUCUUGACUUACCAGUCCAACCAGCGCAUGAUGGGCUUAAGGUGAUGGUGGCCAAUGGGGACAGACUCACUAGCAAGGGCAUUUGCCGCACACUGGGACUCAGCAUAGGCAAUGUAAAAUUUGACGUGGACUGUUAUGCACUAUCCUUAGGAGGGUUUGACGUUAUUUUGGGGACCCAAUGGCUUCGUGCUCUCGGUCCGAUCCUAUGGGAUUUUGAGAAGCUCACCAUGUCAUUUUGGUUUGGAGACCGACUGGUCCGCUUCCACGGUUCACGAAGUGCAGGAGCAACAUUGCAUACCAUCACAAGCACCGGUCCUGAUCUACUUUUGAGUCUCCUAGCUGAUUAUGAAGAUCUCUUUGUGCCCCCGACAGGACUCCCCCCUAAGCGUUUUCAGGAUCACCGGAUACGCCUUCAUGUUGGCUCCACACCUGUCGUAGUGCGGCCUUACAGGUACCCGCAAAUACAGAAGGAUGAGAUUGAGAGGCAGUGUGCCGAGAUGUCAGCACAAGGGAUUAUUCAACCAAGUAAUUCCGCAUUUUCAUCUCCGGUGUUGCUUGUGCCGAAGCAUGAUAAAACAUCACGGUUUUGCGUGGAUUUUCGGGCACUCAAUGCACAAACUAUUAAGGAUAAGUUUCCAAUUCCUGUGGUAGAUGAACUUCUUGAUGAGCUUAAAGGGUCACGCUUUUUCACUAAAUUAGAUCUUCGCUCCGGGUACCAUCAGGUGCGGAUGCAUAGUGAUGAUGUUGCUAAGACUGCGUUUCGGACACAUCAUGGCCACUUUGAAUUCCUUGUCAUGCCAUUUGGACUAACAAAUGCACCGGCGACCUUCCAGGCCCUUAUGAAUGAUGUCCUUGGUCCUUUCUUACGUCGGUUUGUACUUGUUUUCUUUGAUGAUAUUUUGAUUUACAGCAUGACUUGGUCUGAUCAUCUCCGCCAUAUACGUUUAGUCCUGGAAAAGCUACGCCACCAUAAACUUGUCCUCAAGCGAUCUAAGUGUUUCUUUGGUGAGUCUACUGUCUCCUACCUUGGCCAUGUCAUAUCAGAAAGUGGAGUUGCCAUGGACCACCAGAAGAUUCAAGCCGUGGAGAAUUGGCCACAACCACGGACCGUUCGUGCAGUGCGAGGGUUUUUAGGGCUCGCUGGAUAUUACCGUAAAUUUAUCAAGAACUACGGUACACUUGCUGCCCCACUCACGAAGUUGCUCAAAAAAGAGGCUUUUUGUUGGACAGAGGAGUCCACCAAGGCAUUUGUGGCAUUAAAGAAAGCUCUAUCUACAGCACCGGUGCUCCAAUUACCAGAUUUUUCUAAGCCAUUUUUUGUCGAGUGUGAUGCAUCUGGGUCUGGUAUAGGAGCAGUGCUCCAUCAGGGAGAGGGUGCGGUGGCAUUCUUUAGCCGUGCCAUGGCACCCCGACAUAUGGGGUUAGCAGCAUAUGAACGAGAGCUAAUUGGAUUGGUUCAAGCAGUAAGGCACUGGAGGCCAUACCUUUGGGGUAGGGAAUUUGUGGUACGGACAGACCACUAUAGUCUGAAAUUUCUCUUGGAUCAGCGUCUCUCCACAAUUCCGCAACAUCGAUGGGUUAGCAAACUCAUGGGGUUUGACUUUUCAGUGGAGUACAAGCCUGGACGGAUGAAUGUGGUGGCAGAUGCCUUGUCUCGUUGCUCGGCUGAUAUAGCUGAUGGCGGCUCACUCGCGGCUAUCUCCACACCCCAGCUUGAUAUUUUUGCUGCCCUCCGGCAAGAGGUUGAUAAUGAUACAAACCUAUCCAGUCUUCGCGCUAGCAUCUUGGAUGGAACAAAACCAGAACAAUGGUCAGUAGUUGAUGGUCUAAUCAUGUUUGAUCAACGUGUGUACGUCCCAGCAACAUCUGCACUACUUCCAGCUUUGAUGAUUUUCAUGUCCCACGUGCUCGGCAGCUGGUGCAAGAUUUUGUUCGAGAUUGUCAAACUUGUCAACGUAACAAAACAGAGCACCUACAUCCCGCGGGACUUCUCCACUUAUCAUACCGCACUGAAAGAUACUCCAUUUAAGUUGGUGUAUGGACGUGCUCCCCCGUCCUUGCGGUCGUAUGAGAAAGGAGAUGCGCGGGUUCCAGCAGUUGAACAAACUCUCCUGGAGCGGGAUGAAUUUCUGCAUGAGGUCCGGGAACGGCUAUUGCAGGCACAAGAGCAUGCUAAAUUAUAUUAUGACAGAAAUCAUAGAGAAGUGGCGUUUGAUGAGGGUGACUGGGUUUGGCUGAGACUGUUGCAUCGUCCAGCUGCUUCUGUACCAACUCAUCGUACUGGAAAGUUAGCUCCCAAGUUCUAUGGACCUUAUAAGGUAGUGGCUCGUAUUGGCGACGUUGCAUACAAACUGGAGUUACCUACUGGGGCAAAGAUACAUGAUGUUUUUCAUGUUGGUGUGUUAAAACCUUUCCGUGGGAUACCGCCAGAUGCUACUCCUUCUCUGCCAACUUUGCUUCAUGGCCGAGUAUUGCCAAAACCACUGAAGGUUGUGCGCAGCCGGAGAGCAAGAAAUGCAUGGGAAAUUCUUGUACAGUGGGAAGGUCUACCAUCAAGUGAUGCUACUUGGGAGAGGCUUGCAGAUUUCAAGGUCAAGUACCCAGAAUUCCAGCUCGAGGACGAGCUGUUUGCGAAGGAGGGGAGAGAUGUUAUGUGGGGAAACACUUAUACAAGGAAAUCUAUCGCUGGUGGCUAA